CGGUAUUUUGGAUUUGGGAAAACCCUUUAUAAUCGAGCCCACCCCAUUUUCCUUUACUAAUUUUGCUUUUGAAGGGAAGACCCUUAAAAAAAGAAAAAGGAGUUGGCGGGAAAAUUUAAUCUGAUGAUAGCUAUUGAACAACACCAACGCUCCGCCCCUCUUUGGCUCUAGAACAAGACCUGCGUAGUGAAUCGGCAAUAAUCAGAAGAUAAGACAUUCAUAGUAAAUCUGAGGCGUCGCCGUGCAAGAAAUGCGUCGGAAAGAGGAGUCGAGCCAGCAGCAGCAGCUGAUCGCGGCGAAGAGGGCCUACAAGGCGGCGGCGGCGGAAGGGAACCGGCAGGAGGAAGCGCGUUGGGCGAACUUCAUCGGCGACUUACUCAAGAAUCGUGGCGAGUACGUGGAGGCCCUCAAGUGGCUGCGCAAGGACUACGAUGUCUCCCUAAGGCACCUGCCCGAUAAGCAGCUGCUUGCCACGUGUCAGUCCCUCGGUGAGCUCCACCUCCGUCUCCAGAAUUAUGAAGACGCCCUAAAAUAUCAGAAAAAGCAUUUAGAUCUCGCCAAGGAUGAAAAUGACCUCAUUGAGCAACAAAGAGCCAGCACGCAGCUUGGACGAACUUACCACGAAAUGUUUUUGAAGUCCGAUGAUGACCAUUCCUCAAUUCGAAAUGCCAAGAAGUAUUUUGAACUUUCCAUGGAGCUUGCACGAACUAUAAAGGAGAAGCCGCCUUCUGAGGAAGUUUCUUUUGUAAAGGAGUACAUUGAUGCCUAUAAUAACCUUGGAAUGCUUGAAAUCGAUCUCGACAACUUGAAUGCAGCAGAGAAGAAUCUUAGAGAAGGAUUAGAGAUAUGUCAUGAAGAAGAAGUCCCUGAGGGUGAUGCUACACGCAGUAGGCUCCAUCACAACCUCGGAAAUGUUUACAUGGAGUUGAGGAAAUGGGAUAAAGCAUAUGAGCACAUUAAAAAGGAUAUUAAUAUCUGCAAGCUAAUUGGGCAUUGUCAAGGGGAAGCGAAAGGUUAUAUUAAUUAUGGGGAGCUGCAUUACAGAAAUCAAAGAUAUGAAGAAGCCAUUGCAUCUUAUCGAAAGGCGCUUGAUCUGGUAAAGUCAUUGGAAGAUGAGAUUGCGCUGACUGAACAAAUACAUCAAAAUAUUUCAACUGUAACAGAAGCAAUGCAAGUGAUGAAUGAAAUAAAAACUGAAGAGUUGAAUCUUAAGAAGCUCGAAAGGAACUCACAAAUGGCCAGAGGAACAGAGGGCGAACGGAAAUUUCUGCUGAAACAGAAUUCCUCCCUUGAUCGCCUUGUUGAGAAAUCCAGGAUUAUCUUUGCUUGGCUAAAAGUUGGUGAAUAUGGGAAAAGGAAGAAGAGGAUAGCAAAUGACCUUUGCGACAGGAUGAAACUGAGUGAUUCGUUUCUGGUUGUUGGAGAGUCAUACCAGAAGCUCAGGAGAUUCAGCAAAGCCCUUAAAUGGUAUAAAAAAGGCUGGGAAACUUACCAUUUGAUUGGAAACUUGGAGGGGCAAGCACUGGCUAAGAUAAACAUUGGUGAUGUUUUGGACUCCACUGGUGACUUUGCAGAUGCUUUGGAUGCUUUUAGAGAGGGUUACAGGAUUUCUGUCAAAGGAAACCUUCCUUCCUUGCAGCUGUCUGCCCUAGAAAAUAUGCACUACAGCCACAUGAUUCGCUUUGAUGAUGCUGAAGAGGCCAGGAAGACAAAAAAUUUAAUAGACAAAUUAAAGCAAUCCAAAGAUGGUGAGAUCCAGCCUGGAGGUUCUCUAGGUGACUGCUGUUCUGAGACUGAAACGGAGUCGGAUAACCUAUCUACAGAUGAUAGGUCUGAUGGUAGCUUUACACCGAAAAAACAUAAUAUACCGAAUGCUCUUGGAGUAAAAUGUUAUGACACUUGUGAUGAAUCGGAGGAAGAUAUAACUUUGAUAUCCCUGCUUCAAUCUAAAAAAGGCACGAGAAAGCGAAGACCCACUUGUGAAACUACACCUAUCACUUCUUGUACUCCAUGUGGAUCCCCUGCAAGGAGCAUAUCCAGAUCCUCCUGUAGUCUUACAGUUAACCGAAAACGUUUACGGGUCAUUCUUUCUGAUGAUGAAGGUGAAAAUGAUGAAAACAUUUUCUCAGACAGAAUAGGUAGCAGGUGUCUAGUGGAAGGCAUUGCAACUUCUGAUGAACUGAACAAAAAGGAUGCUCCCUGUCAUGAAGUCCAGGAUGUUUCACCUGUUGCUUCAAGAUGUACAGUUGAUGCAUCUACUCCUGCCAGUCUUCAGCACAGCACCUCCUCACACAAAUCCAGAAGUUCUAAAUCUAACCACGCCAAUGAUUCUAGAAUUACAGGAUCAUGUGCUGCUGUGUGUGAUUCUAAUACUCAUGGAAAUAUCAACAGCAUCUCCAUUGGUUCCUCCAACUUAUUGCGAAAUGAAAUGCCCACUGUGGUGCACGUUUGUUCUGAUCAAUCCUGUAAGCAUAUCAGGUUUAAAAUUGAUCAAGAAUUGGUAUACAUGGACCCAAGCAUGUAUCUGGUUGAUGGCAAACUCAACAUAGAGCAGAUGAAGGUUGAUUUGGCAUGCUCUUAUUAUUUACAGCUCUCCCAUGAAAAGAGGUCAAGAGCAGGAUUGGUGCCAGUCAUUCAAGAUAUGAAGUGUAGUGAGAAAAUUCUUGAAUCUGUGGAAACAUUAUACAGCUUUAACGAUCAUGCUCCAGAGAAGACCUGGAUCGAGGUUUCUAUUGGUGUUAUGGUGCCGAAAAAUGUGAUGAAACUGUACAUUGACUGCUGUGAGGAACUAUCUGAAGUGCCUAAUAUGGAAGUGGUCCGGAGGUUGUACAACUUAGAGGUGUCAGAGGACGAAAUUUUAGUGUCUGAUUGCCAAUUGCGAGAUGUAUCAGUAGCACCAUUGUUGAAUGCUCUGCAAAUGCAUAAAACACUUGCAGUCUUGGACCUAUCGCAUAAUCUAUUAGGAAAUGGCACUGUUGAGAAACUCAGACGAGUAUUCAUGUCAUCAGGACAAAGUUAUGGUGGUCUUAUAAUGAAUCUGCAUAACAAUCGUCUUGGUCCAGCUGCUUUGUUUCAGAUUUGUGAAUGCCCAGUGCUCUAUGCACGAUUGGAAGUUCUCAAUGUAUCUGGAAACUCUUUGACUGAUGCCUGUGCUUCUUACCUGUCAACCAUCCUCCGAAACUGCAAAGCUCUUUAUAGUUUGAACAUAGAGAACUGUUCAGUUACAUCGAGAACAAUUCAAAAAGUUGCUGAUUCUUUGGAUUCUGAAUCGGCACUUACGCAUCUCUUUAUAGGACACAAUCACCCUGUAUCUGGCAAUGCGGUAAUUAAUCUUUUGCUCAAACUCACUGCAACCAACCGGUUUCAAGUGCUCAGUCUAAAUGGGAUAAAGCUCAGCAAGCCAGUGGUUGAUAGCCUUUGCCAACUUGCUAUGGAUUGUUGCUUGUCUGGGUUGCUUCUGGGAAAUACAAACAUUGGAACCGAAGGUGCAUUACAGUUGAUCAAACCAUUAUCCAAGGACACCCAGGAACUAGUCAGGCUUGAUCUAUCAAAUUGUGCACUUACUUGUGACUACAUUGUUAGUCUCAAAGAUGAAGCUUCAUUGGUUUUUGGUAUUCUUGAAUUGAAUCUUGCUGGAAAUCCAAUCAUGAAAGAGGGAAGCAUUGAAUUGUCAUCUUUACUCGGCAAUCCACAGUGUUGUUUAAGGGUUCUGGUGGUCUGCAAAUGUGAACUAGGUCUUGAAGGUGUUGUUCACAUGCUUCGAGCACUAUCAGAGAAUCACACUCUUGAAGAACUCAACCUGGCUGACAAUAUCAAUCCAGAUGAAGUUGAAGCAUUAACAAGCAACUUCAGACUGCCAGAGAAAGGGCAUAACUAUUCACCGGCAGCCAAAAACGAGUUGAAAGUGGCUGCAUCAGAUCUUGAUAAUGCUCUACCUCAAGAGAUGUGUGCCUUGGAUACAGGUGAGAACCAGCUCGAAGUUGCUGACAGUGAAGAUGAGCUAGAAAAGCCGCGAACUACAUUAUCUGGUUCAGGAGAAAGCCAGCCCAUGCAACAACUUUCUUCUUCUGUUGAGAUGGCAAGAUCUUUAAAGCUGUUGGAUCUUAGUGGUAAUGGAUUCUCUCGAGAAGUCAUUGAUGUUUUAUUUUCAGCAUGGUCCUCAGGAGCUAGAGCUGGUUUGGGUCAGAGACAUGUCAAUGGAAAGAUGGUCCAUUACUCGGUGCAGGGGAUCAUGUGCUGCGGCAUUAAGUCUUGCUGCAGCAAGGUUUGAGAUGUAUGUAUGAGAAUAUACAACGUCGUCGAUAUUUUGAGAGCCCAAAAUUUGUAAGACCGACUCCACUCAAGUAUAUGUAAUUAUCUGCGGAUCUUAAGGGUUCGUUUGCAUGUUUAUUUCUGAAUAAACAAAUAAUUAUAUAGAUCAUGUAAUGAUUGACUCAAAUUUGAGACGUUUGAUCUCAUGCAUCAAUUAUUCUACGACUAAA